UUACCGCCCAACUACCUCGCCCGCCUGGCGCGCCGUUAGCUUAACGAAACUCGUGCGAGUGCAUUCAACUCACGCACGAGCACCGAGCACCGAGCAACAACAACAUUAACAUUUACGGCUACAACAACAAGAACAGCAGUCAAAAUGCUGCAGUCUCUGCUGUGAAUUAGCAUACAGAACUGAACGAAACUUUUGUUAAGCUUAAGCCGACUGCGCCGCCGCCGCCGCCGCUAACCGCAAUGCUUGCUAACGUGCCGUCAACGUCGAGUGCUGUCUCUGCCUCUGCUGCUGCCUCCGCCGCCGCCACAGCCGCUGUCACAGCAGAUAGCUGUGAUGAGCGCACACGUCUGCUGGGCAGCGCAUCGACGCCAACGCCGCCGCCGCUGUCGCUGUCGCCGUCGCCACCAAAAACGUUGACGCUGCCGCUGGUCCAUGCAGCGACGCAUCCGUCCCGCAGCAGCAGCAGCAACAGCAACAACAACAAUCACAGCGGCAGCAAUAGCAACAACAACGACAACGAUCUGGAGGCCAGCAAUAACAAUUACAACAACAACGACAACAAUCGCAGCGACGUAGACGACCUGUCCGAGGAGACGGCCACCACGGCCGGCGCGGCCGACUCGAGCGAUCAAAGUGAUAAAUUCAACCGCCCGCCCACCCACAAUCAGAAAAAGCCCAAGCUCAGCAAGCUGGGCACCAAAAGCGUUGGACUCAAACGCGUGUCGUUCGGCUCUUCGAAAGGCUUUUUUUUUGAGACUUUGGUGUUUGAGACGCCGACGCCGCUCUCUGAGCACGUGGAGCCGAGCUUUGGUUUCGAUGCGGCCGACGCCGCUGCUGCGGCCGCUGCCGGCGCUGCUGCUGGUCAGCCGCUGCUGGCAGCAACUGCAACAGCGGCGACGCAUUUACCGCUAAUCGGCAGCAAUUACGCCACCUACGGUGACUAUGCAAAACUGAAUAUGGACGACAGCGGCAUCGAGGUGCAGGAAGAAUCGGAGCGUUCGAUAGUGCGCGUUUCAAUUUACCAAAGCAGUCAACCGCAACAGAUUUGUCCGCCAGCCGAGUAUACAUUAACGAGUUUUUCAGAUAAUUUAGAUAAUACGUUUAGUAGCUACAAUUGUAACAUAGACUUUACGCAAAUUGCGGCGGCAACGAUGCAGCCAACCGUUGGCCUGGGACCAGCCUAUGAUAGACAGCAGAGCACUGAUUCCGGCUGGGAUAAUCCGUUUCGUCCGGGCGGCGAUUUAUCCAGAGAGGCUGAUGAAAUUGUUAGCAUGAUACGUGGCGGCAAGCCCAUCACGCCCACAGAGGAUCGUACAAUAGGCAACGGCAACGCACAGCAUGGCGACGACAACUGUAAUGGCGCUACUGCAACAGGCGAGACAGUUACCAAAACAAAUCUCUCGCAGAAUCAAGCGACAGCACAAAACGGUACAAAUUCCCAUGGCGGCAAGGUGGUCGGCUCGACUGGAGUGGGUGGAGCAGGUGGCAAUGGGGUGGCAAGCGGAGCGGUAGCUGGCAAGGGGGAUAGCAAUAAUGGCGUCACUUCACUGGCUCAAGUCUCAAAGCAGGUGGUGCCGGGACCAACUUCGGCUAGUCACGUGGUCAUCGACGAGAAGAAGAACAAGAAAAAGGGUUGCUGUGUGGUGCAAUAAUCAACGAGAAACGAGGAACAGCAAACAGCGAGCGAAAGCAGAAAGAGAA